AUGGGUACUAAAAGAAGACUAUCUGAAAAGGCAGAACACGUAAGUGCGUUAGAGAGCUCUGUGCCUGAAAGAGCAGCAGAGAUUGCAGAGGAAUUAAAUAAAAAGCAUCCACACCAAACAGAGGAGAAACUUGUGCAUCAUGAUCUCGGUGAGUUUAAUUCUAUGGUACGUCAUCAUACAAAUGCUUCACAAGCACAAAAGCUAGAAGACGGCAAAGUUAAUCCCUUCACUGGUAGACCGUUCACUGCCAAGUAUGUGGAUAUCUUGAAGAUUAGACGUGAAUUACCAGUACAUGCACAGAGAGAUGAAUUUUUGAAAAUAUAUCAAGAGAACCAAAUUAUGGUUUUCGUUGGUGAGACAGGUUCUGGUAAGACUACACAGAUCCCACAAUUUGUGCUUUUCGAUGAGAUGCCACACUUACAGAAUACACAAGUUGCAUGUACACAACCACGUCGUGUUGCUGCCAUGUCGGUGGCUCAAAGAGUAGCAGAAGAAUUAGAUGUUAACUUGGGUGAAGAAGUUGGUUAUUCCAUCAGAUUUGAAAAUAAAGUUUCCAAUAAGACUAUCCUUAAAUAUAUGACCGAUGGUAUGCUUUUAAGAGAAGCUAUGGAGGAUCAUGACUUGAAACGUUAUUCAUGUAUCAUAUUGGAUGAAGCCCAUGAACGUACUUUGGCAACAGAUAUUUUGAUGGGUCUGCUGAAGCAAGUUGUGGUGAGAAGACCAGAUCUUAAGUUAAUCGUCAUGUCUGCCACUUUAGAUGCUAAGAAGUUUCAAUCAUAUUUCCACAGUGCACCACUACUUGCGGUCCCAGGUAGAACUUUCCCUGUGGAAUUGUACUAUACACCAGAAUUUCAGAGGGACUAUCUGGAUUCUGCCAUUCGUACCGUCUUACAAAUCCAUGCUACUGAAGGAGCAGGUGAUGUCCUAUUGUUUUUAACAGGUGAAGACGAGAUCGAAGAUGCCGUAAGGAAAAUUCAACUAGAAGGUGAUCAAUUGGUUAGAGAAGAAGGUUGUGGACCUUUAACCGUUUACCCCUUGUACGGUUCACUGCCACCACAUAUGCAACAACGUAUCUUUGAACCUGCACCAGAAUCGCAUAACGGUAGACCAGGUAGAAAAGUUGUGAUUUCCACCAACAUUGCAGAAACUUCUUUGACCAUUGAUGGUAUUGUUUACGUGGUAGAUCCAGGUUUCUCAAAGCAAAAAGUUUACAACCCAAGAAUUCGUGUGGAAUCUUUGUUGGUGUCACCGAUCUCAAAGGCUUCUGCUCAACAGAGAGCUGGUCGUGCUGGUCGUACGAGACCGGGAAAAUGCUUUAGAUUAUACACAGAGGAUGCGUUUAAGAAAGAAUUGAUCGAACAGAGUUAUCCAGAAAUCUUACGUUCAAAUUUGUCCUCAACGGUUUUGGAAUUGAAGAAAUUGGGUAUUGAUGAUUUAGUGCACUUUGAUUUCAUGGAUCCACCAGCUCCUGAAACUAUGAUGAGAGCAUUGGAAGAAUUGAACUAUCUAGCAUGUCUAAACGAUGAUGGUGAUUUAACACCAUUGGGCCGUUUAGCUUCACAGUUCCCAUUAGAUCCUAUGCUUGCCGUUAUGCUAAUUGGAUCAUUUGAAUUUCAUUGUUCACAAGAUAUCUUGAUCAUCGUGGCCAUGCUUUCAGUCCCAAGUGUCUUUAUUCGUCCAACAAAGGAUAAGAAACGUGCUGAUGAAGCUAAGAACCAAUUUGCUCACCCAGACGGUGAUCAUAUAACACUUUUGAACGUCUAUUACGCUUUCAAAUCUGAUGAAGUUUACGAAUAUGGUGUCCAAAAAUGGUGUAGGGAUAAUUAUUUGAAUUACAGAUCUCUGGCUGCUGCUGAUAACAUUAGAGUGCAGCUGGAAAGAAUCAUGGUUCGUUACAAUCUUGAAUUAAACACUACGGAUUAUGAAUCCCCCAAGUACUUCGAUAACAUUAGAAAGGCGCUUGCAUCAGGAUUCUUUAUGCAGGUUGCAAAGAAGCGUUCUGGUGGUAAAGGUUACAUUACCGUUAAGGAUAACCAAGAUGUUCUAGUGCAUCCAAGUACAGUAUUGGGACACGAUGCCGAAUGGGUUGUCUAUAACGAAUUCGUCUUAACUACAAAGAAUUAUAUCAGGACCGUCACUUCGGUGAGACCAGAAUGGUUAAUUGAACUAGCACCUGCUUAUUACGAUAUUCAUAGUUUCCAAAAGGGAGAUGUGAGGUAUUCAAUUGAAAGAGUCAAGGAAAGAAUGGAACAGAUGCAAGAAUUGCACAACGAUAAACACAAGAAGAAGGGAAAGAAAGAAGGAAAGGAGAAACACAAGCAUACUUAG